CUGCCGGCCGCCCUGGUGUUUACAGCCCGGGCCGAGCUGGUUACUUUCUGGAGUUCUGAAUGCUGGCGACUGCCGCGUCCUCCGGGCCUUAAAGGGGCCGCGCCCCCCCGAGGAAACCGCCCACCCCUUCCUACCUUUUCACGCCCCCGGCCCCUCCCCCCCCCAGUGCCUUCGGGCUCUUCCCCGGCCGCCGCGCUUGUCUCCCCUCCCCUCCGCGGCCCGGCUCCUCGGACCGGUCCCUCCGCUCUCCUCCCACCUGGCGCGGAGUGGGCUCGGAGAACAGGAGGCGCCCCUCCCCGAGCGCCGAGCCGCGGCUAGCGCCCCUUCCCCGGAGUUCUGCACACCCUCCCCCCCUUCCGUCCCCGCGGGGGGGCCCCUGGGAGCGUCUCCGCUUCUCCAGGGAGGGGGCAUUUCCUAAUCUCCGGCCGGGGUUAAAGUUCUGGUCCCGGUGAGAUGCUGGAAGCUGCAGCCAGAAGCUCAUCGCCCCUCCGAGGUGCUGCGCUCCCCGCCGCCGCCGCCGCCGCCGCCGCCGCCGCCGCCUCCGCCCAGCCGGGGCCAUGUUCGCGCUGGGCUUGCCCUUCCUGGUGCUCCUGGUGGCCCCGGCCAGGGGCGACCCGGGGCUCCUGGGGCCCAAGAACGUGUCCCAGAAGGAGGCCGAGUUCGAGCGCACCUACCAGGAUGAGGUCAACAGCGAGCUGGUCAACAUCUACACGUUUAACCACACUGUGACCCGGAACCGGACCGAGGGUGUGCGCGUGUCUGUGAAAGUCCUGAACAAGCAGAACAAGGCUCCCGUGCUGUUUGUGGUGCGACAGAAGGAGGCUGUCGUAUCCUUCCAGGUGCCACUGAUUCUUCGGGGGCUCUACCAGCGUAAGUACCGGUACCAAGAUGUCGCACGCACUCUCUGCCAGCCGCCCACCAAGAGCGAGGCUGAGGUCCAGUUCUUCUACGUGGAUGUGUCCACGCUGUCGCUGCUCAACACCACUUACCAGCUGCGGGUCAGCCGCAUGGACAACUUCGUGCUCAGGACCGGGGAGCAGUUCAGCUUUAACACCACCGCAGCCCAGCCUCAGUACUUCAAAUAUGAGUUCCCAGAAGGAGUAGACUCGGUGAUUGUCAAAGUGACUUCCAGCAAGGCUUUCCCCUGCUCGGUCAUCUCCAUCCAAGAUAUCCUGUGCCCCGUCUACGACCUGGACAACAAUGUGGCUUUCAUUGGCAUGUACCAGACCAUGACGAAGAAGGCGGCCAUCACUGUGCAGCGCAAGGACUUUCCCAGCAACAGCUUCUACGUGGUGGUGGUGGUGAAGACCGAGGACCAGGCCUGCGGGGGCUCCCUGCCCUACUACCCCUAUGGGGAAGAUGAACCGGUGGAUCAAGGGCAUCACCAGAAAACCCUGACCGUUGUGGUGUCUCCGGCAGUCACGUCCGAGGCUUAUGUCGGGGGCAUGCUCUUCUGUCUGGGCAUCUUCCUGUCCUUCUAUUUGCUGACUGUGCUGCUGGCCUGUUGGGAGAAUUGGAGGCAACGGAAGAAGACCCUGUUGGUGGCGAUGGACCGUCCCUGCUCAGAAAGCGCCUCUUUGCUUGGUCACCCUAGAGUCCUGGCUGAAUCCUUCCCUGGCUCCGCCCCUUAUGAAGGUUACAGUUAUGGCUCCUUUGAGAAUGGCUCCAGCUCUGCCGACGGAGCAGGGGACAGCGCUGGCUCAGUGGACGUCUCCUACAGCUACUCGGGACACGACCAGUUCAAGCGACGCCUGCCCUCUGGCCAGAUGCGGCAGCUGUGCAUUGCCAUGGACCCCGUGGGCAGCCGGCCUCGACUGGACUCCCUGAGCUCCGUGGAGGAGGACGACUAUGACACGCUGACUGACAUCGAGUCAGACAAGAAUGUCAUCCGCACCAAGCAAUACCUGUAUGUAGCGGACCUAGCUCGCAAGGACAAACGGGUUCUUCGGAAGAAGUACCAGAUUUACUUCUGGAACAUUGCCACCAUCGCCGUUUUCUACGCCCUCCCCGUGGUGCAGCUGGUGAUCACCUACCAGACGGUGGUGAAUGUCACAGGGAAUCAGGACAUCUGCUACUACAACUUCCUCUGCGCCCACCCCCUGGGCAACCUCAGCGCUUUCAAUAAUAUCCUCAGUAACCUGGGUUAUAUCCUGCUGGGGCUGCUUUUCCUCCUCAUCAUCCUGCAACGAGAAAUCAAUUAUAACCGAGCCCUCAUGCGAAAUGACCUUUAUGCCCUGGAAUGUGGAAUCCCAAAGCACUUUGGGCUUUUCUACGCCAUGGGUACAGCCUUGAUGAUGGAAGGACUGCUCAGUGCAUGCUACCAUGUUUGCCCCAACUACACGAAUUUUCAGUUUGACACAUCAUUCAUGUACAUGAUCGCCGGGCUCUGUAUGCUGAAGCUGUAUCAGAAGCGGCACCCCGACAUCAACGCCAGUGCCUACAGCGCUUACGCCUGUCUUGCCGUUGUCAUUUUCUUCUCUGUGCUGGGGGUGGUAUUUGGCAAAGGAAACAUGGCGUUCUGGAUUGUCUUCUCAGUCAUCCACAUCAUUGCUACGCUCCUACUUAGUACCCAGCUCUACUAUAUGGGCCGCUGGAAGUUGGAUUCUGGGAUCUUCCGCCGGAUUCUUCAUGUAGUUUACACAGACUGUAUCCGGCAGUGCAGUGGGCCCCUCUACGUGGACCGAAUGGUGCUACUGGUUAUGGGCAACAUCAUCAACUGGUCACUUGCUGCCUAUGGGCUCAUCAUGCGUCCCAAUGACUUUGCUUCCUACCUGCUGGCCAUUGGCAUCUGCAACCUUCUUCUUUACUUUGCUUUCUAUAUCAUCAUGAAGCUCCGGAGUGGAGAGAGGAUCAAACUCAUCCCUCUCCUCUGCAUCAUUUGUACCUCUGUGGUCUGGGGUUUUGCCCUUUUCUUCUUUUUCCAGGGACUCAGUACCUGGCAGAAAACUCCUGCCGAGUCAAGAGAGCACAAUCGGGACUGCAUCCUGCUCAAUUUCUUUGAUGACCAUGACAUCUGGCACUUCCUCUCCUCCAUUGCCAUGUUUGGGUCCUUCUUGGUGCUGCUGACCCUGGAUGACGACUUAGAUACCGUACAGCGGGACAAGAUCUACGUCUUCUAGUGGGCUGCUGCACCCCCUCCCUGUGGGCCCUCCAAGGAGCCCGGCUGGGCCAGGGGCUGGCUGCCUGGGACCUGCUGCCCAGUGCCUUGGGGCGACGGCAUCCUUUUGGGCCUGGUUUCCUGGGAAGGCUUUGGGACAUUUAUGGGGGACAGCCAUGUUCUCCUUGUAACUGUACCUGGAGAAAAGGGGACUGGGCCAUCGAGGCCCAUUUGAACUUUGGCCAAACUUGCUGCUUCCUCUUCAGUGUUUGGGCCCCUCUAAGAGCCUGUCUAUGGGGGGAAGGGAAGGCACGGUUUCUCCCUUUCUCCUGUGGGGAGCCCUGUUUGGGAACCCCAAAUCCUCCUUUCUGCUGCAGUUCUGGGUGAGGGCCAGAGCUUGAUUUUUCCGUCCAGCUCCAGCUUUUUUAAUGUGUGUGUGUGUGUGUGUGUGAGAACCAGAGUCAGGUCCUCCAAGCUGCUGUCCUGAGCUGGGCUCUGUUUGAAGGGGGUGGAGGGAAGAACUGAGAGGAUGGCGUCAAACCAGAAAGGGGCGUGGGCCUGAAGAGCAAUUUCCCUACGACCGGCUCCGCGGGGGACCGUUGCUGAUGUGGGUCGGGAUUUUCUGGGGGGGUGGUUUUUAAAUAAGAAGAAAGCUUAGAUGACGGGCUCCCUUUGCGUAGCCUGUGCCGCCUGGAACUGAGCAUGGGGCAUCUCUCAGGCUGACUCUUCCCUCGCUCUCCAUCCCUGGUACCCUUGUGCCUGCCCACCCCCCGGGGGGCUCCCUCAGUGCCAUUGCCGGCCCCCAAGAGCAGGGGUCGGACAGGAGGGUUACAAAGAACAGGAGCCAUUCCAGCCUCCUGCAGUGCCUAUGUCCUCGGGCAGUCGGGGCAAGGGCCGGCUUGCUCUUGGCCCCCAAGGCAGCAUCAGGGCCUGCCUUCCAGGCUUUUUGGGGGGAUGAGACACACACACACCUUGGCGUUUACAGUGAGUCUAGCUCACACUCCGGCCGGGGCCAGGUCCUCCUGCUGGCCCUGACUGUCUCCCACCUGCCCUCCCUCCCCGAUCCAGGUGCCAUUGUGGGAGAAGAGAGACGGAGAAAGGGGCUAGGCCUCAUGACGUAGGAUUCCCAACUUUGUUCUUACAGUUUUCCCAGGGAAGUGAUUGGAGGUCUUGCUUUUUUUUUUUUUUUUUUUUUAAAGAACUAUUUUAUGUCUAUUUUCCACAUCACGAUGGAAUUUCUGUUUUCUAUGAAUGACUGACUGCAUUCAAUUAAAGGAAUGACCAGAUGCA